UGGCCGUUGUAGUAACUAUCUCAAGCAGCUUAUUUGGGUUUAUAUGGCCAUAAUAACCACGUGACAAUUUGUUUACAGUUGUUCUGGAUGAUUCACGAAUCGCCAAAAUUACACCCUUCACUAGGCUGAUUCAUACAAGAUAAAGCUGCUGAUCGUGACAGAACAUUGAAAUACCUUUCACAUGAGAACAUAGUAGAAAAAUGAGAACUUAUAAAGAUAACUUUAGAGGCACUAGUCGUCUACUGCCAAUGGAAAGUUGGAGUUCAGACAGGUCAAGACCCACGUUGCGAUGCUAUGAUUACCCACCAUGCCAAACUGGUACCAGCAUGUGGAAUCCAGUUACAGAAAAUUUGGCAAGACCAUCAUUACCAAGAGAAUUUUCUAGGCUUGGGUUUGAUAGUGGAAGAGAUAAGUACAUAAGGGAUGAACACUUCUCUCCUUAUUCCACAUCAGAUUGGGAAUCAGAUGGGCACAGACUUUUCAAUAAAGCAAAUAAUGGAAAACUUUCUAAACCUAUUCCUACCAGACGAGUUCAGCAUGAGGCGCAUGAUCGAUUAGUUCAAAUUCCAAUUCAGCACUAUUGUACUAAAGAACAUAAAACUCUCCAGAACUCACGGAUUCCAGAAUAUAAAACGCUACCCACUACAAGGAGGAGAUAUGUGAACUAUAAUGAUAAUUAUGUUGAUUUAUCUGAUGAAAGUGAUGACAUUUACAGUGAAAGUCUUUCUGAUGAUUCAGACUGUGAUAUAGCUCCUUUUGUUAACAGAAAUAUAAACAAUAGUGGAACAGAUGUAAAAACUAGACGAGGUCGAUCAACUUCUAACCCUCGUACUCAACCAUAUUCCAUAAAUACUAGAAACAAAUCUUCAAAUGUUGAGACAGACUGCAGGUUAGAAUCACCACCGAAUACUCACCCUUCCCGUAUAAUACCUGCGUCAGAUGAUAUUCGAAGGUAUUCAUCAAGAACCGGACAGCCAAGGUCGUCACAUCCAGGUAUAAUUUGUUUAUCUGAUGAUGAAAAUGACAGAAGCAGUAAACGAAAAGAUAGAAUAAUGUCAGCAUUACCUUCUUCAAGUAGGUACGAAAAUGAUCUUUCCAAAAUUUAUGAUGUUGAUAUCACAAACCAGAACAGAAACUUGCCUUCAUCAUCAAAGCAUAGAUCUACUGAGAAAUCUUAUAUCAUUGGAGAUGAAGAUUUCAAUGGUGGCAACAUUUCAGGUGAAAGAAAUGCUAGCUUAAGUGAAAGAGCCAUCUAUAUUGAUGACAAAAAACAAAGUUCAUUAAGGUCAAAUACUGAUUCUGAUGGGAAAAUAAUGGCUACACCAAGUUAUCCAGCCUAUGACAUGAUCCGAGACGUAAUCGAACCUGAACAGAGACAGGUUGAUUAUAUUCGUGGUGAUGGCAACUGUUUCUUCCGAGCUUUAAGUAAAGUGAUAUACAACACAGAAACUUGUCAUGAAGAACUUCGCCAAACAGUUGUAGAUUUAAUGGAAAAGUAUCCAAAAGAUUUUGAACAAUUCAUUGAUGUGAAAUCUAUACAUUCCCAUAUAAUUUCAAUGAGGAGAGAUGGGACAUGGGCAACACAAGCAGAAAUAUAUGGUGCUGCAACAUUACUGCAACGUGAUGUAUAUAUGCUAUCCCCUGAUCAUUCCGGAAAAUUCUAUCGCUGGUUGCUUUUUUCACCUAGAUUUAAACAAAGUGAUGUUGAUUGUUUUGACCUUUGUUACAUAACUUUAUGUCACACAAAUGGGAAUCAUUAUGACAGAAUAGCCCCCCUAGUGGGCAAGUGUAACUGUGCACUGUUGCCACCUCAGUUGUCAGGGGCCAAAGGUCAUGUGGAUUUGACAACAGAAUCUGAAGAGGAUUUAUUGAUAGUAUAAUUUUACGUGUACAUUUACAAUGAAUGGUAUAUAUAAUAAUGUUUUUGUGUACUGACUUGCCGUUUUAGUCUUUCAGGUUUUUAACUAUUCAAGCAUUAAAGUGAUCAUGUAUCUAUUAUAUCUGUUAUAUACAAAUUAAACAUAGAAAA